UAAAUAUAAAUGCACCGUGUGUAGUUUUAUAUAUGUAUAAAUAUAUGUGUUGCGAAUUGAUUUUUUAUCCAGAUCGUUAUACUUUGGUUAGUGAAAGUGUAUCUCAUUUCCAUGGAAUCAAACACUAGCACCCUUGUAGUCCCCACUCCAUCAACUGAAGUCAGUAGUUUUGACUUCAAAUCGUUGAAUAAUGUGCCAAAGCAAUUUGUUUGGUCAUCUAAGGACUUGAUCAAAGGCAGUUCAGAAAAGCUGAAUACACCCCUUAUAGACUUGAAGGCCAUCAAGGGUGAUGAGAUUGCUAUGGCUAAUGCCGCAAAGCUUGUGAGGGAGGCAUGCAUGAAGCAUGGUUUCUUUGAAGUCACAAAACAUGGUGUAGACCAUGAUCUCAUCAUUGCUGCUCAUCGUGAAUAUGACUCCAUUUUCAAGCUUCCCUUAGAGAAGAAGUUGAGUGCUAAGAAUAAGCAUAACAGGUGGGGCUACUCAAGCGCUCAUGCAGAGAGAUAUUCUUCUAGUUUGCCAUGGAAAGAGACAUUUACUUUCCUAUACCAUUACAUCCAUGAAUCGGACUCAGAAAUCGUUGACCUUUUCAAGUCUUUCUUAGGGGAUGAAUUCGAACAAGCUGGGUUGGUGAAUCAAAGAUACUGUGAAGCAAUGAAGGAAGUAUCUAUGAAUAUUUUGGAGCUAUUGGGCAUCAGCUUGGGUGCAGAUCAUUCAUAUUUUCAAAGAUUUUUUGAAGAUGGUGAAGCAAUAAUGAGGUGCAACCAUUAUCCAUCUUGCAAAAAUCCUAACCUCACCCUUGGCGUUGGCCCUCACUGUGACCCCACUUCGUUAACUAUUCUUCAUCAAGAGCAAGUUUCGGGUCUUGAAGUUUAUGUUGAUGGAAAAUGGCUGCCUGUUCCUCCUCGUCAUGAUAUACCUGAUGCCUUAAUCAUAAACAUAGGUGACACAUUUAAGGCUUUGACAAAUGGGGUAUACAAGAGUGUCCUUCAUAGGGUGGUGGUUAACGAGAAGGUGAAUAGGAAGUCUCUUACUUUCUUUCUAAACCCAAGAGCAGACAAAACAGUGAUACCACCAAAGAAUCUGUUUGAGAAUGAAGAGCAAAGGGAUUAUCUUGAUUUCACAUGGACUCAGUUGUAUGAGUUUACGCAAAAGCGACACAGGGCUGAUCCCGACACACUUUCAUCGUUCGUGUUGUGGCUUGGCACUCAAGAACCACCACCAUCCAAUUAAUUGGAUAGUUUUCUAUGUACACUAGCUACUACUCUUUUGGGCCCCACUGAUUAAGUACACUAAUUAAUUAAGGUUGUGCCAGAUAUAACCUGAUUUCUACAUGUUCUUUAUUGAGAACAAAAAAAAUUAGAUACAAGUAUUUUGGUUUCCUUGAUCCAAGUGUAUGCAUUAUUAUUAUGAGUAUAAAUAAAACCUAGUGUACACAAAUAUU